UUAUUUCUCUCUGAGGACAUGGCCUUUAUAAUAGUAGUAACUUCUUCCUGUCUCGGUUACUAUACGCCCGUCUUCAUCACUUCACAAAUGAUCUUGAUUAAACCAUUAAUUACACACUAAUCUUUUUAAUCUUCCGCCCGCCAUAUUCUUAUAGGAAAUCAGGGAAGAUGAUCUAAUAAAAGUAAGCGCAUUAGCUUAUCAAUCAUCUGCGUAACGCCAUUUUCACCCUCGGAAGAAGCAAACAAUGCGUUAAUUAUUAUCAUCUGGAAGAAAGAAGAAGAGAAAAUGCAGUAACACAAAGCGGCAAAGAAACAGGUGAUUCAGAAACUAAAGCUAAAAGCAAAAGAAAAAAAAAGACAGGACUCGAAUCUAUCUUGAAAUAGAACUGAAAAUGGUAAGAGGACGGAAGAUAGAGAUUGUAUCUUUUCUUCUUCUUCAGAUAGUGGUGGCGGCUACGGCGGCCAAUGUAACUUACGACCACCGUGCCCUUGUGAUCGACGGGAAACGGAAGAUUCUGAUCUCUGGCUCCAUUCACUAUCCAAGAAGUACUCCAGAGAUGUGGCCCGACCUUAUACAAAAAUCCAAGGACGGUGGCUUGGACGUUAUAGAGACUUACGUUUUCUGGAAUGGUCACGAGCCUCAUAAAAACAAGUAUAAUUUUGAAGGAAGAUACGAUUUAGUCAAAUUUGUGAAGCUUGUGGCCAAGGCUGGACUCUAUGUUCAUCUACGAAUCGGUCCGUACGCUUGCGCAGAAUGGAAUUACGGAGGUUUCCCAGUAUGGCUACAUUUCAUUCCUGGGAUUAAGUUUCGAACUGAUAACGAGCCAUUUAAGGCAGAAAUGCAGCGAUUCACUGCCAAGAUUGUUGAUCUGAUGAAGCAAGAACGGCUAUACGCAUCACAAGGAGGUCCAAUCAUUCUCUCCCAGGUUGAGAAUGAGUAUGGAAAUGUUGAUUCAUCUUAUGGUGCUGCUGGUAAAAUUUAUAUGAAGUGGUCUGCUUCUAUGGCUCUUUCACUAGAUACUGGUGUACCCUGGAACAUGUGCCAACAAGGAGAUGCUCCUGACCCCAUUAUCAACACAUGCAAUGGUUUCUACUGCGAUCAGUUUACUCCUAACUCAAACAAUAAACCAAAGAUGUGGACCGAGAACUGGAGUGGAUGGUUCCUUGGUUUUGGAGAUCCUACACCUUAUAGGCCAGUUGAAGAUCUUGCAUUUGCAGUUGCGAUAUUUUACCAACGAAGUGGAACUUUCCAGAACUACUACAUGUAUCAUGGUGGAACAAACUUUGAAAGAACAAGUGGAGGACCUUUAAUCUCUACUAGUUAUGACUAUGAUGCUCCAAUAGAUGAGUAUGGACUUGUUAGAGAACCCAAAUGGGGACACUUACGAGAUCUACACAAGGCUAUCAAACUUUGUGAAGACGCCUUGUUAGCCACAGAUCCAACAGUCACUUCUUUGGGUUCAAAUUUGGUGGCAUCUGAGUAUAAAACAUCAUCUGGAUCAUGCGCUGCUUUUCUUGCAAACAUUGGUACGGAAUCUGAUGCAACUGUGACUUUCAAUGGGAACUCAUAUCACUUGCCUGCAUGGUCCAUAAGCAUCUUGCCGGAUUGCAAAAACGUAGCUUUCAACACAGCAAAGAUAAAUGCUGCAACUGAGUCUACCACAUUUGCUCGUCAAGCAUUAAAGCCUAAUGCUGAUUCGUCUGAGGAGUUAGGCUCACAAUGGAGCUACAUUAAAGAACCUAUUGGAAUCUCAAAAGCAGAUGCAUUUGUGAAACCUGGAUUGUUAGAGCAGAUCAACACAACAGCUGAUGAAAGUGACUACUUGUGGUACUCCCUGAGGAUGGACAUUAAAGGCGAUGAGACUUUCCUUGACGAAGGAUCUAAAGCCGUCCUUCACGUCCAGUCCAUAGGCCAAGUGGUUUAUGCUUUUAUAAAUGGAAAACUUGCCGGAAGUGGAAAUGGCAAACAAAAGAUUUCUUUGGACAUUCCAAUUAAUCUUGUAACCGGGAAGAACACAAUUGAUCUUCUUAGUGUGACCGUUGGGCUUGCGAACUAUGGAGCUUUCUUUGACUUAAUUGGAGCAGGAAUAACCGGUCCUGUGACGCUUAAAAGCGCAAAAAGUGGUAGCUCAAUCGAUUUGUCUUCACAGCAGUGGACUUAUCAGGUUGGACUCAAAGGGGAAGACACAGAUUUAGGAAGUGGAGACUCUUCUGAAUGGGUUUCAAAGUCUCCUUUGCCCACUAUGCAGCCAUUGAUUUGGUACAAGACAACGUUUGAUGCUCCUUCUGGGAGUGAUCCAGUAGCUAUAGACUUCACAGGUACAGGAAAAGGCAUUGCGUGGGUGAACGGACAGAGUAUAGGUCGGUACUGGCCAACCAGUAUUGCAAGAAACGAUGGUUGCACAGAUUCAUGUAACUACAGAGGAUCUUACAGUUCAAACAAAUGCCUCAAGAACUGUGGAAAACCUUCACAGACAUUGUAUCACGUGCCUCGUUCGUGGAUAAAACCAAGCGGGAACACUCUUGUUCUGUUGGAAGAGAUGGGAGGAGAUCCGACAAAGAUAUCAUUCGCUACAAAACAAACAGGAAGCGGUUUGUGUUUGACGGUGUCACAAUCUCAUCCAGCUCCGGUGGACUCGUGGGCUUCUGAUUCAAAGAUCUUAAACAGAACCAGCCCGGUUCUUUCCUUAAAAUGCCCUGUCUCCACUCAUGUGAUCACUUCUAUAAAUUUUGCAAGCUUUGGUACACCCACAGGUACUUGUGGUAGUUUCAGCCAUGGCCGUUGCAAUAGCCCUCGUUCUCUCUCCAUCGUCCGCAAGGCAUGUGUUGGAUCGAGGAGUUGCAAAGUUGAAGUCUCUACCAGAGUCUUCGGAGACCCUUGUCGUAGCCUCGCCAAGAGCUUAGCUGUUGAAGCUUCUUGUUCAUGAGUGUCAUGUUCCCUCCCUUACCUCCGCAGAUUUGAUGAAGCAUGUAAUUGUUUAAAAUAAAAGAAAUGAAAUGGAUGAUAGUAUAAGUCUGUCACUACAAACUAUGUCGUCCCUAGCUGGUACUGUAGACACUUCACGUUUUAUACACAAAAAAAAUUGUUGAUACGAA